UAGGUAUAGAUUACUACGGAGGGUGAUGGAAUAUGUGUAAGACUGUAUAGAAAACUGUACUUCUGGAUAUGUUUAUGGAGAAUUUCUCAUCUUGCACAUGUGAUAUUCUGAAGAGAAAUCUAGGCAAAGAAGCAAGAAAAGCAAGUUUUGUUGAGACACCUUCCCUAUCAUCAUUUCUCUAAUCAUUUCUCCAAUCGUGUGCCAAACACCACCUGCCAAGUCCGGACGUCUCACCUUAGCAGCCCUCUGGUGGAAGGAUGAAGAGAUGUCGUGGAUCGAUACAUGCUGGGUUGCAAGUAGCAGCCAGUUGGAAGCGACCGAGUUACAGGACGUACCACGUAUCGCCGUGUUCCACUUGGUAUACCAACUGUCUUCCAGAGCCGCGAUACAGGUGUGGCAGUGUGUGUUUUUCGACGACAAUGUGACGAUAUGUGGUGGUGUGGCAAUGUUGUGUAUCUACGAAAUGCCGAAGUGUAAUUCGCUUAUGUAAUAGGAUGGCAUCGAAUAUUAAUUGGCAAUCAUCCAUGGCUCAUGCCCUAUACAUCAGUCCACUUAUAUGGAGCAUAUGGGUUCUAUUUGUGUCCGCUCGUGUCCCUGCAGGCCCUGCUACAAAUGAACAGCCAUGGGCUUCAAUCCUGUACACAGCUGUUAUACGCGGUAAAGUGGCAUUGCCUUGUGACAUAUCACCUCCAGCUGCCGAUGAUGCGGUAGUGUUAAUUUUAUGGUAUAAAGACGAAGACCCUGCCCCAAUCUAUACUUUAGAUGCUAGGAGAGGAACAGUCGAACAAGCGAGGCAGUCAUCUAGUCCACAUUUGGACAGUAGGGCUUACUUCAAUAUGAUCAACAGGCCGGCUUUCCUGCAACUAGAUCCUGUACAAGAAGGUGAUGCUGGAGAAUACAGAUGCAGAGUUGAUUUUCGGAAAGCAAGGACGGUCAAUACUGUCAUUACAUUAAAAGUUAUAGGUAAGAAAUGGUUUUCUUACAUCACCCUAAAACUCGAUAUAACAUAGAUUAACGAAAUAAUAAUUAAACACAAGAUUCCUAUAGCAUCUUCUGAUAUAUAUUUAUCUAAAUAGAGAGUUUUAUAUGUAAAAAAUGAUA